GGAGGAGUCAAGAUGGCGACUUUAAAUCUCUGGCCGCUACUGUUUGGUUUAACAUCGUUUUCUCUGGAAACCAGUACUGCAAACUACCUAUCAGAGCCCUGCUAUAAGCCUAUUAAAGAUGACAGGCCAGACUCAGUCAAGACUGGCGUACGGCCUCACGAGUAUGUCAACGCUUCAGACCUUCCUCCAUCGUGGGACUGGAGGAACGUCAACGGGAAGAACUACGUGACCGUGACGAGGAAUCAGCACAUCCCCCAGUACUGUGGCUCCUGCUGGGCCAUGGGAGCCACCAGCGCGCUGGCCGAUCGUAUCAACAUAAAACGAGGUGGAGUGUGGCCGUCCGCCUAUCUGUCUGUCCAGAACGUGAUCGACUGCGGGAGGGCAGGCUCUUGUUUUGGAGGAGACCACCUGAGGGUGUACGCCUACGCCCAUAAAACGGGGAUACCUGAUGAAACGUGCAACAACUACCAAGCUGUCAAUCAGAAAUGCGUCCAGUUCAACCAGUGUGGGACGUGUUCCUUCUUUGAUUCCUGUUCUGUUGUGAAGAACUACACGGUUUGGAAAGUUGGAGACUAUGGAGAAAUUUCUGGAAGGGAUCACAUGAAAGCGGAGAUUUACACCAACGGGCCCAUCAGUUGUGCUCUGAUGGCGACUGAAAGCCUGGAGGAAUACUCCGGCGGGGUUUUCUCAGAGUUUCACCCUCUCUCUCUGCCCAAUCACAUCAUCUCGGUGGCAGGCUGGGGUGUCGACGGAGAUGGCAGCGAGUACUGGAUCGUCAGGAACUCCUGGGGAGAGUUCUGGGGAGAGCACGGCUGGGCGAGAAUCGUCACCAGCGCCUAUAAAGGAGGAAAAGGCAACUGGUUUAACCUCGGCAUUGAGAAAAACUGUGCAUAUGGAGACCCUAUUGUAGCAUAAAGUCCUCACUAGACCCGGAUGAGUCGCCAUCAUCUUCUGAUUUUUAUUUUUUAACACUUUAUAAAUGCAAUGGACUAUUCUAAACCCUUUAAGAAGCUCAUUUUGUGAAUUUAGAGGGUUUGUUUCUGCAGUUUACAUUCGCUCAGUGACAGGAAUGAUAUCAAUUCAGGGCUUUUUUCAAUCAAAAUCUGUUUCUUUUUUAGUUUUGUAUCUGGCUGCACCAGCAUUGAAUUUAUUGUGUUUUUGUUCCUGUAAUCACCCCACAGUGUCAAGAACGCACAUACUGGCUCAUAAGUAGACUUGCACUUUCACUAAUAUUUAGAUCAAUGUCCUUUAUUAAGUGGAUAUCUUUAAUAUUUUACUACUCUUCCAAUAAAGUUAGUUUGUUAAAAUUGGCUUACCUCAUGCUACUAAUGCAUUAUUAAUCAUAAUACUACUACUGCAAAUUUCCCGUUUGAGGUUGGAUGUGUGUUUUUAGAUCACUGUGGUGGUUUAACACCUGACUGUACAUAAGUUUCUCACCUUCAGAGGAAAGGAAGUUGGUUAAAAGAACAAACGCCCUGGAGUGAAGCUGGUCUUAUUAAAGUUUUCUGCACUGCCUGGAAAAGUGUGAUUUUAAUUUCAGUUUAAGUUCAGGUUUGGAUUUCUAUGAAAAAC